AGUGAGAAAGAGCACAAGAAAAUUAUAAGUAAGAGAGAGAGAGAGAGAUAAGAAAGACUGAGGAAAUUCAAAUGCUAGAAAAGAGAGAAGGUCCAAAAACCAUUUAUUCCAUGCCCUUUCACAGGCUUCACAAACUCUGUUUGUGUCUGUCUCCCAUUUCUUUAUCCUUGAUGUUUUCUUUAAUAUGGUAAAAGACAAUACCAUGAAUCUUACUUAUCAUCGUCAUCUUCUUCUUCUUCAUUUUUUUCUUUUAAUGCUGUUUUUUCUUCAUCAUCCAUGUCCCAUUUUUGUUUGUGCCAGUGCCUUACCAGAACCUCCUUUUUCCUCCAUUGCUGUUCCUGUUUUUCCACUAGAUGUUUCCCCUUCUUCUCCUAUCUAUUCUACAAUGGUUGCUUUCUCUCCAGGUUCUCAUGGAAUUCAAGAAGGACGUGAGAGUCAUCAAAUGGAUUCACACAAGAAAAUGGUUAUGGCACUCAUUGUUGCUUGCUCUACUCUUGUUUCCAUCCUUUUGUUAUUGUUGAGUUUGUGGAUUUAUCGGAGGAAGAACUCUUACAAACCCCAGAAGAAAAAACCUCAGAGCUCCGAUGCUGAAAAAGGGCUUACUUUAGGUCCAUUUCUGGGUAGAUUCAACUCCAUAAAGAUGUUUGGUAAAAAGGGAUCUGUCUCACUGGUUGACUAUAAGAUACUAGAAAAAGCGACGAACAAUUUUCUGGAGAGUAAUAUAUUGGGUGAAGGGGGAUUUGGAUGUGUUUACAAAGCUCGAAUGGAAGAUAACUUGCUUGUUGCUGUCAAGAAGCUAGACUGUGGAAGUCAGGAUGCAGUGAGAGAAUUCGAGAAUGAAGUGGAUUUGUUAAGUAAAAUUCAGCAUCCAAACAUAAUUUCUCUGUUGGGUUGUUGCACCCAUUGUGAUACUGGGUUUAUUGUUUAUGAACUGAUGCAUAAUGGAUCUCUGGAAACACAAUUGCAUGGACCCUCCCGUGGUUCUGCCUUAACAUGGCAUAUGCGGAUGAAAAUUGCCCUUGAUGCAGCAAGAGGUUUAGAAUAUCUGCAUGAGCACUGCAGACCUCCAGUGAUCCAUAGAGAUCUAAAAUCAUCUAAUAUUCUUUUAGAUGCCAACUUCAAUGCCAAGCUAUCCGAUUUUGGUCUUGCUGUGGCUGAUGGGGCCCAUAAGAACAACAUCAAGCUCUCAGGCACCUUGGGUUAUGUAGCUCCGGAGUAUCUUUUAGAUGGUAAGUUGACGGAUAAGAGUGAUGUCUAUGCCUUUGGAGUUGUUCUUUUAGAGCUUCUAUUAGGAAGAAGGCCUGUAGAAAAAUUGGCACGAUCUCAGUGCCAAUCUAUUGUAACAUGGGCUAUGCCACAACUUACUGAUAGAUCAAAGCUUCCAAACAUUGUGGAUCCUGUGAUAAAGGAUACGAUGGAUCUAAAGCACUUAUAUCAGGUUGCUGCUGUUGCGGUGCUAUGUGUGCAACCAGAACCAAGCUAUCGCCCACUGAUAACAGAUGUUUUACACUCUCUUGUACCUCUUGUUCCUGUUGAGCUUGGAGGGACACUAAGGGUUACGCAAACUGCGCCUUCAGUAGACCCUGCAUUGCCUCCUGCUAGUUGCUGAUAAACGUUGAGAUUUCCACCUAUGCAAAAUUUCGAGUUUCUCCACUGCUAGAAUUUAGUUGCAUGUCUGUCACGUUCUUCAAUAUAUGGCAUUGAGGGUUUUACUGCAGAAAUAUAUCUUAUGAUUAUACAGGCGAAGCAGAGUUCCGAGUGGUGUAAAAUAAUAUUGGAUCCUUUCUCACAUUUGUAAAUCAAAGCAUGUAUGAUUUUGUGCUUACGGAAUCUGUGCAUACGACGAACACUAACGAUUCUUUUAGCUCUGUGUAUGAACUCAGGUUAAAUUUGCAAAGGGGGGUUCUUGGCAAUUACCUCUGGAGGAGUUUUGUAGGAAUGUAAAAAAUUUCAUCUUUUCUGAUGGAACUCAAAUUGUCAAAGGAAAUGUAUUUUCCA